AUGUUCUGGACCAAGUACCAUGCCCACCGGAGGCCCUUCAUCGUGAAGGGAGCUGUGACUGAGUCGGCGGCGAUGAAUUGGACGGACCAGUACAUCAUGGAUCACUUCGGCGACGAAGUGGCCAAGGUGGAGUGGAGGAAUGAAGAUCGGCUCACGGACUAUUGUGGCCAGCAGAUCAGGGGGAAAUACAUCCACUGUCCUCAGGACACCAUCCCAUACGUCGAGUCGCGCACGAGCAUUCGAAACUUCAUCCAGAAGAGUCAGAAGGAUCCCAGCUGGGCCAAGUACAUCAUUUCCCAGAUGCCUGAUGCCAUGGGAAAGGACUGGAAGGUUCCUGGCUUCUUCAACUGUGGCAAGCGCUUUGAGGGCGAUCGAAUGAAGGGGAAGCCUUGGAUGACCCAGAUGUACGAAAACAAUUUCUGGUACCUGCGCGUUCCACCCGAAAAGAUGGGUACUUCAACAAUUCACUACGACAUGAACCAUCAGGUGAUGUGCAUGUUCGCUGGGAAGAAGGAGUGGAUCAUGUGGGAUCUGCGGACGGAGUCCCAGAAAGUUCCGAUGUGGAAUGAAUACUACAGAGCUCCGUCCCAGGGAAAACCCCAGGGGUCAGACGAUUCGCCCAUCGAUGGCGAACGGGUCGACUUGAAGCGAUGGCCGGAAUUUGGAAGCGCCAGAUGGAGGAAUACAACCAUUGAAAAAGGCGAUUGUUUGUACCUGCCAGCGCACCUGUUGCACUACGUCCGCUCCUGGAGUGACGAUCCCGAAGAUCAUCGCAUCAUUGCCCUGAUGACGAUGUUUCAAUCUGAGGAAAGCUAUGACCCCAGCUACUGCAAGGAUGUGCCUUCCCACAGCUAUCUGAGUGACUACGAUGUGAUGUGGGGUGAGUUCCCUGGUAGUAUGGAGGUGCCACGGUGCAUGAAUCAUGUGAAGAUGGGCUAUCCCAAUUGGAAACGAAUGCUGGCGAAGCUGGCCAAAAAGGAAGUUGGUGAAAAAGCCUUCGUGAAGUUUUGGGCCAAAGAGGGCUACCCAAAAAAACGAGUCAAGGCUGCCUGGCAACGUUUCGUGUCCGACGUUGCUUCGGAGACAAUGACCUGGGCAGAGAAGGUCUUCAAUAGCACCGCGCUGACCAACCUCGCCAAGGAUGUGGCCUGCGGCAUGGAGGGCCAUGAAGGGCCCGAGCGGAAGCUGCGAGAAGGUGAAUCCUGGGAUGCGCGCAAUGAAUAUUCGUUGGCAGGUGAUUACAAGGGUUAUACCGAUGAGAAGCAUGAAGAGUUGUAG